AUGGCUUAUUCUUUGCUUUUUAUCGCUGUUUAUUCGAUUCAUUUGUGGAAUUACGUAAGGAAUUUCAGAUUUUGGGGAGGAAACAGAAAAUGAAGAAAUUUACAGACAAAUAAUGCAUCGACGGAUCACGAAUUACAGUACUUUGAUAACCAUCGUUUUGUGACGAACAAUUUUGUCAAAUUUGCGGUAAGUAGAUGAGACUCUCGAAUUUUCGUGAUGGAAAGAUUUUCAAAAUCUCUCAAACGCCCCAUUUUUUGUAAUAAAUAAAUUUUGGGCAUCUAUAGAUCGAAAAUCUCAAGCUCCAAUCAAAAAUGUUUCAGAUCUGCAUCCCUAAAACCGUUGUGGAUUAUCGAUUUUCUCGUGUGAAUGACGCAAUCAAACAAAUGCGAGUUCGUUAUCGACAUGUUCAUUUUGUGACCGAUUGCCAAAAAGGCAAAAAUAUGUUGAAAGACAAAACAGUUGACUUAUUCGUCGAAUUCACAAAAUUAAUUGAAACAGGCAAAGAUAUCAAAUAUUCGAUCAAUUCUCGCGAAGGUAUUCUCAAAUCCGAUUUCUGCACAAAUUGUGAUAGUUUACGAAAAGAAGUUUGGGGAAUGGCAAUCGAAGUUCAAAUGAUUGUCAAUAAUUUCAUUGCGAUUAUUGUAACUCGAAAAACUGAUGCGGUUUUGUAUAUGAGUCAUUUUGAGGAUUUCAACUUCGAUGCAACAUUUUUGAAAACUCAAAAUGAUUUGUUUUAUACUUGGUUGAUGUUGUUACCAUGGUGUGCUAGAUGUAUCAAUCUUUGGUAUGAUGACAGAAAAAGCGGGUUAUAUGUAAGUUCUUCUAAAAGUUAGCGUAAAUUCGCAAUCGUUUUACUUUUCUAGCGCAAUCUUCUGAAUUUGAAAGUCAACCGAAUUGAAUACAUUCUAUCAAAAUUCGUUGUUUGGUACCUGAUUAUGAUAAUUCCAACAAUUCUCCUCUGGACAAUCUCAUACAUUUUGGUUCCUUCCUCAUUUGUCAUCCAAUCUUUUCAAUUCGCCUUCGUUUAUAUCGGAUGCAUUGUGAUGUUUUGUAUGUUUCUUGGAACAUUUUUCGAUAGAAGUGUGUUUUUUGCCAAGCUCGUUGGAUUCUUUCUAAUGUGUGCUGGACAAUUUGGAAUGGGCAAUGUUUAUUAUGGCGCCAUAUUUUUUCAAACUGCUGUUCGAUUUGUUGGACCAACUUAUAAAGCAAAACAUUCAAACACGAUUGAAGUGGAUAUUGGAGAAGCUGUAUCAAUUGCUUGUAUACUUCUCAACUUUUUGAUCAUGCUUGGCUUAACAAUUUAUCUUGAUUAUUAUAAUAAUUGGCAUCUGCCAGGCGGAUUACCAUUUUAUUAUCCAAUUUCUAAAAAAUUCUGGUCAACAAAACUUCGUCCACCUCAUAAUGAUCCAUUUUUAGAGGUUCAACAAGUUCAUGAUAAAUUGAAGACAUUGGAAGUCACUUCUCCACCUUUAAUUACGAUCACUGGAAUUUGCAAGCGAGUACAAAAAUGUUGGAAAGUCAAUGCGGUGAAUUUUGUGAUCAAAUUUGGUGAAGUUACUACACUCUAUGGACAUAUUGGAUGUGGAUCAAAAGAGAUUCUCGAAAUGUUACACGGCGAAACACAUCCUGAAUUUGGGUAUAUUUCGGAAGAAGCGGAAAGGGUAAGAAGGUAGAAACCACUUAACAUUUCAUAAUAUGAAAUUUUCAGAAACUUCUAACUGCGAAAGCCACUUGUGUCCCGAAUAUCAACUAUAUGACAGUCAAAACCUAUCUAAAAUUCAUUGGAAGUAUUCGAGGAGGAGCGUUGAAAAAAGAGGAACUUCAUCAGAUGAUGGAAGAUUUGGACUUAUUGAAAGUUGAAAAUCGUGAUCUCGAUCUUCUUACGUGUACACAAAAAGAGCGAUUGAGAAUUGCAGCAACAUUUAGUGGACAAUCCGAUCUUGUUUUGAUUAAUCGACCAACUCGAGAUACAUUCAAUGAUUCGAAAGAUAUGAUUAUCAGAUUCAUUGAGAGUCAAAAAACACAUCGAGCAAUUGUGAUUGCAUCGUAUGAUUCGGAAGAAGCUGAACAAUUAUCGAAUGAGUUGGUCAUGAUGAGUGAAGGUUAUGUGGUUUUGACAGGGAAUAUUCAUUUGUUCACAAAAUCGUGAGUUCUUUGUAAAUUUGAUUCUAACAAUAAACUUAUUCAGGAUAAGCAGUGUUUUUGAAAUCCGCCUUUGGCCUUCAAAAAUCUUCACCUCUGCUCAAAUCACUGAUUUAAAGAAAAUAAUAAGUUGUGAUGAUGAAAGACUUAAAAGAGAUCUACAAGUUUUCGAAACUCCGAAUGGUAAACUCCGCUGUACACUUCCAAUUUUGUAUCGAAAGAGUAUUCCGCUUAUUUUGAAACAAAUCUCAAUUGAGGGAGAUAAUCUAGAUGUUCAACACUAUGAAUUAUCGACACCCACAUUGCAUGACAUUUAUGUGAAGUAAGUUGCGAGCAAGUGAUUCGAAACUAAUUAACUCAAAAAUAUCAAUUCAAUAUUUCAGCGCGUGUUUCGAUCCCAAACAAUAUGCGCCACUUGCCACGUAUGACAAAUUGAAGAAAUUCUAUAAAGCCCAAACUCCAAUUUCACCAACACUCAAUUUUCUAAAAAUUUUGAUGAAAAUCUUCAUCGAUUUUCGAUUUCUCUACGAAGCGGCUAUCGUAUUGCUGUUCUUCGGAUUAUUGGUGACACUUGUGGUAUUUGGACUAACUGAGGACCCAGACUCACGUGAGUUUUACGAAGGAAACACUAUGAAAAACUGUCAAGAAAACUUUUCAAGAAAACUUCAAAACAAAAAAUUUAUAAAACAAAUACCGUACUUUUUCGAAGACGCAUGCAACUAAUAUGUGCAUCGUUUCAAGACCCACUAGCAAAUUUUGAAUAAUUUUUUUUUCUUUACAAAAAUUUUUUUCUCGGCAUGCCGCUGCAACGUUGCUUUUGGUGGUUGCAAGCCAAUCAAUUGAUUAAUUUCUAGGCACUGCAACAACAUCUUAUAAUUCUCUGGAUCAGCAGCAACAUCUAUUUUGCGAUGGCCUCGAUUGUAAAGAUCCAAAAUUAUCAAACGUCGAAUAUCGUCAUCAUAAACGUCAAAGUGAUCAAAUAAAUAAAAACACUGCUGGAGUUAAUAUAAAAGAUCAUAAGAUCAAUGCGUAUUCAUUCGGAGAUGAGCAAUUUAUCAUGUCAACACAGAAUUAUAUUUUGGAAAGAUUUAUUCAUAUGACUACGGGUUAUAGUAAGUUUUUUUGUAAAAGUUUCUCGAAAAAUGGAAAUUUUCAGCCCCAAGUAUCGAAUCUAGUUUGGAACAUUAUGAAAUUUACGACAUAAAAGACAUUCAAGGAUUUUCUCCACUUUUCCCUAAUAUUUCUGCUCAACAUGCCGCUGUUAUCAUGGCUGAUUCACAUAUUCUUCUGUAUAUUAUGACACUGGCUCAAGUUUUUGUCUACAUAUUUUCGACAUUAUUGCCACUUCGAUUAGUUCGAUUAAGACUCUCAUUGGAUAAUCAGAUUUUCGUAUGGCCAAGAUGGCAAUAUUUUUUGCUAAUUUUCCUCGCCAAUCUGAUUAUCUUCAUUUUGUUGAGCUUUGGAAUUGUUGGAAUAUUGGCAGCUUGCGGAUUUUUCCCGUACGAUACUCUUAUGAGUGUUUUGUGAGUUUUUUACAUUCAGACAUAUUUUUGUUCAAAUCAAAAUUAUAUUUCCAGACUUGUUGAAGCAAUGUGGAUUUGUGUAUUUAUCACUACAAUGCCUCUUGUUUAUUUUCUGGUUUUCACAGUUUCAAGCGCAACAGCAAUUGUUCCAUCAGUCUUAGCGAUUCCAUUCAUUUGUGUUUCGUUGCCGAAUUUGAUAAUGUCAUAUUCAUCCGAAAAUUCAAUUUCAAUUGACACAUUGCUUUCCAUGAUAACUUCGUUGUUGCUAUUCAGUCCACCAACAACUCUUCAGUUUUUGGCCGCGUUUUUGAAUGCGAAAAGAGUUGAGAAGGAAUUUGACAACGGUGAGUUAGCAUUAAUACGGGCCCAGUGGGUUCAUUUCCAAAAAUCUCAACUUAUGUGAAUGUAACAACUUUUCAGUGUUUUUCUAUCUAAUCAUCCUUUGCUGUGUUCAUCUUUGGAUUUUCCCAGUCUUCAUUUAUUCAAUAAUUCGACCGGAUAUCAAAGAAUUAAUGCAAUGUUGGUUUGUGAACAAAGUUCGCGUAACUGCACCAUUCGAUCGUCGAGCAACACUUAAAACAACAAAACAAAUUCAAAAAUCGGAUGAAAAACAAGGAAGCCAACAACCACAACAACAUCAAAAUGUGGGAGCUGAAGAUGAACCUGUGCAUGCAAAUGAUGUUGAGGGAGGAGCUAGAAAAUUGGCUGGAAAUGAGGCAGAAAAAGAUGAGAUGUAUUUUAAUUCGGAAAUCACAAAAUAUGAAGAGGAUUUGAUAAUUGAAAUUGCGCAAAUGAAAAAUUGGACUGAUCAACAAUCGAUUGAAGUUGGAGAAAAUGCGACAUUUGUUGUUGGAGAUCAAGGAAAAAUGAUUAGCAAAUUGUUGCACACCGUGUCAGAAAUGAAUGAUGAUGUGAGUUUUAUUAAACGAGAAAAUUUUUUUAUCAGGUUUAUUUGUAUUUAGAAUCAAAUCACAUUUCUCCCUCGCGAAAUCCAUCUUCCUCCAUUAUUUUCUCCUCGUCAACUUUUGCGCCUUUCUGCUUCUUGUCAAGGGACUACUGUAGAUGAAGCGCAUAUCGAUUAUUUGUUGGAUUUAUUCUCAAUUGAAAAAGAUAAAAAAGUGUGUUAUUUGGAUGAUUCGGAUCGUAGAAUUGUGUUAUUAUUGAGUAAGAUUAUCAAAAAACCAACGGUUAUUAUUAUGGAUCAGACGGAUUUGUAUUUACCCUACUCGAAAUUGAUGACUUUGUGGUAAGUUUGGCGUAGUAAAUUUGAGUUUUACGAUUCAAAAUUUGAUCUAGUAGGAAACCUUGAGUGAAAAAAAAAGUUUCAAAAUUUUUAGUACCAAAUAAAGUUUUUUAAAAUUAAAAAAAAAAUUUUGCAGGGCUCUUUGCAGCCGAAUGCGUGAUGAUGGUUUGGCUGUAAUGUUCAGUUCGCCAAAUCAUUUAUGGGCUGAACAUAUGGCGACAAGUGUUGUCCACACUUCGAAAUGCCAAUUUUUGACUGUUUUACCACCACAUGAAAUGAAGAGAAAGUAUGUUUAAAACCAAUUAAAAAAUAAUAAUUAUUUUUUUACUUCAGAAUUUCACACAUGCUUUUGGAAGUUGAAGUUCGAGAUGAGAAAAAGACUCAAAUCAUUGCAUCGGCUAUCAAAUUUGCAUUGAAAGAUUCGAAUUAUUUUAGACCUCCGACAAAGCAUAGAUUUAUUUUAGAACUUCCGAGUGAUGAUAUUGAUACUAUUGAAAAUGUAAGAUUUUUAAAAAUAUUUGCCCUUUCAAAUUAUUCCUAACUUAUUUUUAGGUGAUUGGAGUUGUCAAAGUGCACACAAAAGCGAUAAGUAGAUAUAACUUGAAAAUGGCAACAAUUGCAGAUUAUUUGAAUUUAGCCAGAGUCUGA